AUGAAGAUGGUUGGACCACAGACAUCCCAUCUAUCCCAGGAAUUCAUAGGAUUUCUCAAAAAAAUGUCGGAAGUAGUUUCCCGCCAGGAAGAACAAAAAUUGAUCGCUAUGGAGGUGCAGAAAUUGAAGAGCUGCUUUGAAAAAUUUGUAUAUACACCCGAAGAGAAAAGGGAGCUACUUGUUAGGGCCAUUUAUGUUGAAAUGUUUGGUUUCGAAGCCCCUUUUGCACGUAUUCAUGCUAUCAACCUUGCGCAAGAAAAGAAUAUCUCAGCUAAAAGAACAGGAUACCUAGCAUGUGCAUUGCUUAUACCGCCGAAUGAUGACAUAAUUCUUCUGCUAGUAAAUACUAUCCAAAAAGAUCUGGCAAGCAACAGCUAUUUGGAUGUAUCCGCAGCAUUGACAUCUAUUUGCCAACUGGAGAAGAAAGAAAUUGUCCAAGCAACUCUACCUAUGAUACUGGAAAUAAUCGAUAAUCCUAUGUCAGAUCCAUUUGUAAAGAGAAAAGCGUAUGUUGCUAUACAACGUUUUCAAACGUAUAUAAGCCAAUACCCAUCCAUUACUAGAAAGUGCGUUGAGGAUCAGGAUAUCAACAUCAUGUUUAUCGGUUUGAACCUAUUGCGUGAUUUGGUAGCAGUUUCACCCAGUGAUUAUUGCGACCUAGUUCCCAAGUUGGUUGAGAUACUGAGAUUGAUAAUUACAAGGCAAUUAUCUCAUGAAUUAGAUUAUUACGGCACUCCAGCACCAUGGUUACAAAUUGCAAUAUUGGACAUACUGGGACUAAUAGGCGUUUCGAGCACGGAUUGUAGUGAACAUAUUCAAGGAAUACUGCUAUCAAUCUUAAAAACAAAUGAAAAUGUCACUAAAUCUGCAUUGGCGGUGCUACUUCAAUGUAUUCUAACCAUGUCAAAGUUGCAAGCAUCCCAAUCACUAGUGGAACUAGCAUCCACUAGAAUUUCAAAAUACAUAAUAUCAAAUAAUGGCAACUUGAAGUAUAUGGCCAUAGUUUCACUGUCUUAUCUCGCAGAAAUAAACCCGCAAUGCGUAUUCAAACAUCAACUCACACUCGUAGAUUUAUUGAACGAUGUUGAUGAAACUAUAUCGCGAAAAACACUAGAAAUCAUCUUUAAGAUUACCAAUGAGACCAAUAUAAAGGCGAUAGUUGAUACUCUCAUAACUUCACUGGAAUCAUAUCGUGAUCCUCACUACCAAAAGGAUUUAAUAGCAAAGGUGGCUCUUGUUUCUGAAAAAUAUUCGCCAAAUGCCGAAUGGUACCUAGAUACACUUGUAUCUCUUAUGUUAGAGAUAGAGAAGUUGAACUUCAGUAAAUCGCAGGUAAAUGAAUGGUCAAAAAUCGCGCUUGAUAUAUCAAACCAACUAUUUUAUCUUAUGUCCUCAGAACAGUCGUAUUCUUUCAAAUCAUAUGCUGUAAAUAAAUUCCAAUCUCUACUUGAUUCUAAGUCGAAAUAUUUACAAAAGAUGUGCGCCUGGGCCAUGGGCGAAUAUGGAGAUGUCAAUACGGCUGAAAUUAUCGCAAAACAUCUGCAACAUGAUAUAGCUACUGAUUUGGAUGGGUAUCUGCUUUUAGCAUUAGUGAAGCUUAAGACGCGCGGUCAAAACACACAAUAUAUAAUUGAUAAGCUUAUGGCGUCAAAUUACACCUUGGCACAGAGGGUACACGAAUGCAAGUACAUAUUGUCGCAGGAUUUAAAGUGUUUAAACUAUGAGCUACCCGAAGGGUUUGAGAGUAAAACAAAGUUCUUGUAUAAAAUAGCUGACAGGGCACUGGAAUGUGGCGCAAAACCCUAUAGUUUACCUAAGAAAUUUGAGAAGCCCCAAGAAUUUGUUCUGCCAGAUGUCAAUAGGUUUUACAAAAAAAUGGAAAACACAACAAUAUCGUUGCCAGAUGAUGCAAUGGCAAUUGAAGAAAAAAAGGCGGUACAAUCUGUGCCAAUUGACUCUGGUAAAAUUGUUACAAAUGCUCGUUGGGGCCCUGAUGGCUAUAAGUGGAGCAAAACUAUAGUUAACACAGUUGGUGAAAAACCCGAGAAGCAAUCUACCCCAAUCCUAAAAGCAUCUCCAGCACAAGUGCAUUCGAAAGAGAAGGAAGAGGAGAGGGAGAAAAGGGCGGCGGCCUUGUUUAGCGGUCUGACCCUUAAAUGA